AUGAUACCUAGUUAUGGUAACCCUUCUGCAAUUUCAAAAUCAAGUGGCACGGAGUACAUUGAAUUUGCUAAGACCUUCAUCACCACUUUUGCUCCCGAGAUCUUGAAUGGAUAUCUUCAGGAAAUAGACAAAUGGGUCUCCAAGGGCCAAUGGCUGAGCAGACCCUCUUUGUCCUAUACCCUUAUCUACCUCCAGGAAUGUAUCAAGCCAAAGGUCACCUGGGAGAUCCUCAAACCCCAUAUGGAUAACCUCCUAGCUCACUUCAUCUUCCCUAUCUUAUGUUUAUCAGACGAGGAUAUCGAAAUGUUUGAGACUGAUCCAUCAGAGUAUUUGCAUCGAAAGCUGAACGUCUACGAGGAGGCCACUGUUCCAGGAGUCGCUGCUACAAAUUUCCUAGUAUCCUUGACAAAGACAAGGAAGAAGCAAACGUUUUCCAUCCUUACCUUCGUAAAUGGAAUUGUCAGCAAGUAUGAAGCUGCGCCCGAUGGACAGAAACUCCCAAGAGAAAAGGAGGGCGCUCUUCGGAUGAUCGGAACCCUUUCGUCUGUUAUACUGGGGAAAAAGAGCCCCAUUGCAGAUCAAGUGGAGUACUUCUUUGUCCGCCACGUCUUUCCCGAAUUCCGUAGUCCACAUGGAUAUCUGCGAGCGCGAGCCUGUGAUGUCUUGGAGAAGUUUGAGCAGCUGGACUUCAAGGAUCCUAACAAUCUCAUGACAAUUUACCGCAACAUCCUCGACUGUCUUGCUGAUCCUGAUCUGCCUGUAAGAGUGGAGGCCGCCCUUUCUCUUCAACCAUUGAUCCGUCAUAGCAUCAUCCGCUCUUCGAUGCGAACAAAUAUUCCUCAAAUUAUGCAACAACUCCUGAAACUCGCAAAUGAAGUCGAUGUCGAUGCUCUUACGAAUGUUAUGGAAGAUUUUGUCGAGGUCUUCUCUGCUGAACUUACGCCUUUCGCUGUCGCCUUGUGCGAGCAGCUCAGAGACACCUAUAUGCGUAUUGUCCAGGGUCUCCUUGAAAGAAAGUCAAGUAAGCCUGAAGACGAUAUGUAUGGGGAUCUACUGGAUGACAAGAGUAUUACGGCUAUCGGUGUGUUGCAGACCAUUGGUACUUUGAUACUCACCCUUGAAAGCACUCCGGAUGUUCUUUUGCACCUCGAAAGUGUCCUCAUGCCUGUGAUUACAAUCACAUUGGAGAACAAGCUCUUUGACCUUUAUAACGAGAUCUUUGAGAUCAUCGACUCCUGCACGUUUACUGCGAAGUCCAUCUCUCCCAGCAUGUGGCAGGCAUUUGUGCUUAUACACAAGACUUUUAAGGCUGGUGCGGAGCUUUACCUCGAAGAUAUGCUACCUGCCCUGGAUAACUUCGUGACCUAUGGUGCUGCCACCUUGGCUCAAAACCCAGAAUAUCUCGCGGCUGUCGUCAGCAUGGUAGAAGAUAUCUUCCGAGACAAAAAGAGUGGUGGCGUAGAUAGAAUUUGCGGCUGUAAGCUUGCAGAGGCUAUUAUGCUAAAUCUCCGCGGUCACGCAGACCAAUAUAUUCCCGUCUUCAUCAGCCUGGCUAUGCAGGUAUUGAGCAAUGAAGAAACCCAGACAAAGUCAUACCUGAUCCAUCUUAUGGAGAUGGUCAUCAACGCCAUCUACUAUAAUCCUGGCCUCUCACUCCAGGUUCUAGAAGGCGGCCAGUGGACGAACAAGUUUUUCAGCACCUGGUUCUCCAACAUUGAUAACUUCAAGCGUGUUCACGACAAGAAGUUGUCAAUUGUAGCCAUUUCUGCGCUUUUGACUCUCAGAGCCGAGGACGUUCCGGCUAGCAUCCAGCCAGGAUGGCCACGUCUUCUCCAGGGCGUUACUCGUCUCUUCCAGACUCUGCCAAAUGCAAUUAAAUUGCGAGAUGAAGCAGCCAAAGACGCAGAUAUUCCCUAUGAAGAUGAGGAUGGAGACAACGAUUGGAGUGGUCGGGAUGUGGAAUGGUCUGAACAGGAUGCAUCUGAGGGUCCGGAAGUUGACGUGACUGAUGAAAGCUCUGCUUACAUUGAAUUCCUGCACCAAGAGGCCCUGAAAAUCGGUCAAGUUCCUGACGAUGAGGAAGAGGAUGAUCUAUAUGAGGCUAGCUUGCUGGAGUCGCCGUUUGACAAGAUUGAACCAUACGGCCUAUUCAAGGAUGUGUUAAUGAUCCUUCAACAAGAACAACCACACUUGUACGAGAACUUGACCAAAAUUUUGAACCCCGAGGAACAGCAAAUAAUCCAAGGUGUGAUCAACGAAGCUACCAAAAUAGCAAUGACAGCCGAGAAAGCUGAAAAGGCAAACGGUGGUUCUUAA